CUAUGGGUCCCUAUGGGUCCCAAUGUCCCCCUAUGUCCCUGUAUUGCAGUGUCAGGCCACGCAGGCCGCCUGGUUGUCGGCCAUCUUGGCUCGGUGCCCGUCGCCGUCCUUCAGGGCCGCUUCCACCUCUAUGAGGGGUACAGCCCCCAGCAGGUUGUUACUCCCAUCCGUACCCUUCGCCUGCUGGGUGUCCAUACGCUGGUGCUGACCAACGCUGCUGGAGGACUGCGGCCAUGUUUCCAGCCGGGUCAUUUAAUGGUCAUCAAGGAUCACAUCGACUUAAUGGGGCUCAGCGGGAGGAACCCGCUGGUGGGACCCAAUGAUGAGAGGUGGGUCAUUAAUUAA